AUGGACAAGAACACGGCCGAAGCUAGCAAGGGCGUUCAGAUUUGUGGGCAAGUGCGUCGGUUUCGAGACAAAACACCCGAUCACUCGACCGACCUGUCGUUCGAAGAGUUGAGGAACAAGUUUGACACAAGCGCGCCACGCGUGGCGAGAACCGAAAUCGCUUCGAAUCCCGCCACGCACGGCAGCGCCACCCGACAAGUGGUCAGUGGCAAAAUCUUCAAGAAGUGCAAGAGCGCUACGUUUCAGAUAGAUGGCGCCACAUACACUAUUGUGGCGAGUCCACCGGGAGGCGCGACUGCUCCACGAGAGGAAGCACCACCCCGCCCCCCGCCACCACCCGCGCCCCGCAACGGCACCCCUCCUAGUCAACACGGAAGUCUUAUAGAAAAUCAACAAGGUGCCCUGACAAUCGUGCGCCGCUCCUCAAGCCGCAGUAAGGCUGAGAGUUGUCCCACACCCACUGAUGAACAACUCGACUCACUUGACUUAGACACCGAGCACUUGCCCGCCGUCGACACGCCCGAUGCAUGUGACAAGGCCGCCCUUAGAUUACGCUAUCUCCUAAGACAAUUGAAUAGGGGUGAAAUAUCCGCAGAGACUUUACAAAAGAACCUUCAGUAUGCUGCAAAAGUUCUUGAAGCUGUCUACAUUGAUGAGACCAAGGAUAGGAGAGUGGCAGAGCAGCCGCGCGCGCAGCAGACGACGCUCCACAUGCGACGCCUGCGCACCCCCUGCUGGGCGAGGUGCUCAGUAGAGAAACCAAACGAAGCAAAGAGGCUGGCUGACGAAGAUGACGAGCUGUCAGAAGUCCAACCUGAUGCUGUACCGCCUGAGGUCCGGGAGUGGCUGGCGUCCACCUUCACGCGACAACUGGCAACGGCGAAGCGAAAGUCUGAUGAGAAGCCCAAGUUCCGGUCGGUGGCUCAUGCCAUCAGGGCAGGGAUCUUCGUGGAUAGGAUCUAUAGAAGAGUCACCAGCACGGCGCUGAUGCAGUUUCCCCAAGACGUCAUUAGAGUACUAAAGACAUUAGAUGAAUGGUCAUUCGACGUAUUUGCCCUGCACGAGGCGUCGGGCGGGGCACCCGUAAAGUACCUUGGCUAUGAACUACUCAACAGAUAUGGAAUGAUACAUAAGUUUAAGGUCCCACCGACGACGUUGGAGAACUUCCUCAACAGGAUAGAGGAAGGUUACUGCAAGUUCCACAACCCUUACCACAAUAACCUCCAUGCAGCUGAUGUGGCACAAACAGUUCACUACAUGCUGUGUCAGACUGGACUGAUGAACUGGCUAUCAGACUUGGAAAUCUUCGCGACGCUUGUGGCAGCAGUGGUGCAUGACUAUGAGCACACAGGCACCACGAAUAACUUCCACGUGAUGUCAGGGUCUGACACCGCGUUGCUGUACAACGAUCGAGCUGUUCUCGAAAACCACCAUAUUAGUGCUGCAUUCAGACUGAUGCGGGAUGAGGAAUGCAACCUACUGCAGAAUUUAUCUAGAGAGGAGUUCCGGGAGUUCCGUACCCUGGUCAUCGACAUGGUCCUGGCGACGGACAUGUCGUUCCAUUUCCAACAACUGAAGAACAUGAGGUCGCUGCUCUCGCUCGCUGAGCCCACCGUUGACAAGUCCAAGGCUGCCUCCCUUAUUCUACACUGCUGUGAUAUUUCACACCCAGCGAAGAGAUGGGACCUGCAUCACAGGUGGACAAUGAGUCUCCUGGACGAGUUCUUCCUGCAGGGAGACAAGGAGCGGGAUCUGGGGCUCCCGUUCAGCCCACUUUGUGACAGGAACAACACGCUCGUGGCGGAGUCGCAGAUCGGUUUCAUCGAGUUUAUCGUCGAGCCCAGCAUGGGCGUCUGUGCCGAUAUGCUUGAGUGCAUAUUGGGCCCUCUACAUUCCAGCAGCAAGAACUCCACCAGUUCUGCUGAACCUAUCAAUGAAGAGAGCACAGGUACGAAAGAUAGAAAUGAAAAUAGCAGCAAGUUCAAGAUCAGGAAGCCAUGGGUCGCGUGCCUCAGCGAUAACAAAAAGAUAUGGAAGGAGCAAGCUGCUAAAGAUGCUGAGGCACGCGCUAAACAGGAGGAGGAGAACAACAGUGUCCCACCGACAACAGAGGAAUAA